UACAAGGGGAACCUACAUUAACUUGUACAGCAAAAGGUUCUUGGAAUCACCCAGUACCCUUUGUGCAUUGAACCACCACCAAUUACUUGUCCAGCGCUUGUACCACCGUUAAAUGGACAGUUAAUUGGAACUUGCUCACCAGGUUACUCUUCGAGAACAUGUUUUGUCAUGUGUACCGAUGGAACAGUGCCUUCAGGCCCAAACGAGUUGACUUGUUUACCCCAAGGUAAUUGGGACAACCCUGUUCCUCUCUGUGUACUCAGAUCAUGUCCAGACAUUGGUAGCAUUGAAAACGGUGUUACUCGUGGUGACUGUUCGCCAGGUGUUCCCGGUAGAUUGUGCUCGUUUGCAUGUGAUAAUGGUUAUUCAUUACAAAAUGGGCCCAACGUAAUUGAGUGUUACCCAAAUGGAACCUGGUCUGGUUCACCUCCUUCAUGUUUACAGAUAACUUGUGAACCUUUAGCUCAACCCUCACCCAACGGUGGUCUCCAAGGCUCAUGUAAUCCUGGUUAUAUAGGAGAACAGUGUAUCUUCACAUGUCCACCAGGUUAUCGACUGAUUGGUGCAACUAAUGCUCUUUGUCAACAAAAUGGAACCUGGUCAGCAGUUCCACCGUUCUGUAUACUGGCAACUUGUCCCUCUCUUACUUCACCUAUUUGUGGCUAUGCUUAUGGCACUUGUUCACCCGGAGCAUUAGGCGAAUCAUGUACUUUUGCCUGUGCACAAGGCUGUUACCUGGAUGGUGCAGAAGUUUUGACAUGUCUCGAAAAUGGAAGAUGGUCA